AUGACGUGGCCAGCUGACUGUACAGUCCAUACUGUACGGAUUUUGCUGACUGAGCAAGUCUGUGUGGCAGAUGACUGUGGCGUACGGAUGUCUGCGUGGCAAUGUAUGGAAUGCUGCAUGGCAGGGCUUGUACCGCGGGCCAGUGGCCGCCUGCCACGUGGCGGGCAUGGUCCUCCGGUCUGGUUGACUGGUGAGUCCGCGUUGGCGGCGGGAGGAGCACGCAGGAGCCGCUGGGCGAGGCAGGGAGGACGCGUGAAACGAGGGCCCGAGCAGAGCUCCGUCUGCAACGGAGCAGAGGAAGCUCGGGGUGUCGGCAGGGACGAACAGGUACGGGCGGCGACCGUGGACUCGCGGCGACAGAGACGUAGCGCUGGUACGGAGCAGUCAGACCUGCAACCUGCGGAGCACAGCUGUUCAACCACCGACCGUCUUGUAAACCCACCUGAAGAAUGUUCGAAGAAUGCAGAAUAUGGAGAUAUUACAAUCCAGGAGAAUGAAUUCGAAGGGUUUGUGGAUUGGAAAGGAAGACCUGCUCGCAAGAAAAGUCAUGGGGGAACGCGCUCUACACUCUUUGUUUAUGUAAUGGAAGGAUUUGACAACAUAGCCUUUUUAGCAUCGGCUGUAAACCUUGUCACCUAUUUCACUGUGUUCAUGCAUUUGGAAGUCGCUGACGCAGCCAACACCCUAACAAAUUUCAUGGGGACUGCUUUUCUGCUGGCGCUGCUGGGAGGAUUCAUUUCUGAUGCCUAUAUCAAUAGAUUCAAAACAUGCAUUAUAUUUGCUUCAGUAGAGCUCAUUGGUUACCUUAUAUUGACAAUACAAGCGAACAAAAAAUCUCUGAAGCCUCCAUUAUGCAACAUAUUCGAUCCCAAAGCUGUGUGUGAGAAAGUGAGUGGAGGGAAUGCUGUCAUGAUGUAUAUUGGGUUAUAUCUUGUUGCUCUUGGAAAUGGAGCUGUCAAGGCUGCUUUGCCAGCUCUAGGAGCAGACCAGUUUGAUGAAAGAGAUCCCAAAGAGAGGAGAAAAAUAUCCACUUUCUUUAACUUUUUUCUUAUGAGUCUGUCUAUAGGAGCAUGUAUUGGAGUGACAGUGGUGGUAUGGCUGAUGAACAAUAAGGGAUGGGAUGUGGGUUUUGGAAUAUGUGUUGCAGCCGUUUUCCUUGGAAUCUUAAGUCUUACUGGUGGGAUUUCAACUUAUAGAAUCAAUGUUCUAGGAGGUAGUCCUGUUACUCGCAUUGCCCAGGUAUUUGUAGCUGCUUUUCACAAUAGAAAGUUUAGAUUACCAGAGAAUUCAGGCAAUCUAUAUCAGCCACGUGACAAGAAAGCAGCUUUGCACUCAGAGAAGCUCGUACAUACAAAUCAGUUCAAAUUUUUGGACAAAGCUGCCAUAGUAGCAGACAAUCUGGUGGAAAGUGAUACGAAACUAUCGGUGAGUCCAUGGCAUUUGUGCAGUGUGACCCAAGUGGAAGAAAUCAAAGUUCUAAUAAGAAUGAUGCCUGUAUUUGCAAGCACAAUAGUAAUGAACACAUGCUUAGCACAACUGCAGACAUUUUCUGUUACUCAGGGCAUAACCAUGGACACCUCAAUGGGAAAGCACUUUGAAAUCCCACCAGCCUCUCUUAGUAUAAUUCCCCUAGUAAUCAUAGUAAUCAUCACUCCAUUUUAUGAUAGAGUUUUUGUUCCCCUUGCAAGAAAAUUCACUGGGCAUGAGACAGGGAUAACUCACUUGCAAAGAGUUGGAGUUGGAUUAGUACUGUCUGCCAUUUCAAUGGGCAUUGCAGCUUUAGUGGAGGUAAAGAGAAAAAAUGUGGCCAUAGAUCAUGGAAUGGUGGAUAAUAUAGCAUUGGUGAUGCCCCCUAUUCCAAUCAGUGUCUUCUGGUUGGGAUUUCAGUACUUUGUUUUUGGAAUUGCAGACCUAUUCACUUUUGUAGGUUUGAUGGAAUUCUUCUACAGUGAAGCCCCUGCUGGAAUGAGGUCCUUGGCCACUGCAUUUUCAUGGAGUUCCUUGGCUUUGGGUUACUUCCUCAGCAGUGUUUUGGUCAAAAUUGUGAAUCGUGCAACUCAUAAGACGAAAACCCAUGGUUGGCUUGGUGGAGACAAUCUGAACCGCAACCAUCUUAAUCUGUUUUACUGGUUACUUUCUACUCUCAGCAUUCUCAAUUUUUGCAACUAUCUCUUCUGGGCCCGCUGGUAUAAAUACAAGCCAAAUACUAAAGGUAAAGUUGCAGAUGAGGCUUCUACAAUGCAUCUUGCAGAAUAUUCGUUGCAGUCCCCCAGUAUUUGA